AUGACCCUUCAAGCAGUGGCAGGGCUGAGAUCCACCAUCGCGGCUUCGCGGGGGACCAAUCCACCCAGCCAUCCAGGCCUGCGCGGCCCCGCCGACCGCUACGCCCUCCGGUCAGCCGCCUACUCUCCCUCCCUGCACCUCCUGCUGCCGCCACCGAGCCGAUGCCCCGCCACGGCGCCGAGGUUCUCCAUGCGCAUGGUGUCCAAGCAGGCCUACAUCUGCCGCGACUGCGGCUAUAUCUACAAUGACAGGACGCCAUUUGAGAAGCUGCCUGAUAAGUACUUCUGUCCCGUUUGUGGUGCCCCUAAAAGAAGAUUCAGGCCUUACGAACCAGCCGUAGCCAAGAACUCUAAUGACACCGACGUCCGUCAAGCAAGGAAGGCACAGAUCAAGAGAGAUGAAGCUAUCGGGCGAGCAUUACCUGUUGCUGUUGUGCUUGGAGUUGCAGGAUUGCCUGGUCUUUACUUCUAUCUCAACAAUGUCUACUAGUCUGUUUAUGCAGGAGCAGCUCCUAGUUUGAGCCAGAAGCAAUUCACUGGAGAACUCCCGAACCUCUUUUUCCUGGUCCAAUUAGAGGUCCUGUGUUAUCGAAUCUCUUUACCUGCACAAAUGGUCAAAAGCAUUGUGCUUCUACAUUUAAGAUUUUGUUUGUCAAAACAGUGAGAUAAGGAAGUGAUGGUAAUAGUUGUUUUGUAAAGGCAAAACUGUUCAGAUGCAGCCAUGAAUCAGUAUAUAUUGGUAUGUCCAGCUUACAAUAUAGCAGCAGUCUUUGGAAUGAAUGAGAUAUGAAGCAAAAUUAUUUGAUGCAA